GCAGUUGAAGGUCAGCUAGGUGUCCGUGCAUUCCCUUCAUUCAGAGGCACAUUUCUGCAGGUUUUGCUUGUGGAUUGAAGGUUUUUAUUCCUCCCUUCGCAAUUGCAGACUUCAGCUCGAUUGAACGCUUCAGCCUGCAACCAUGCAGCCUGCAAACAUGGCAGAGGUUGAUACCACACCGCUGAUCAUCAGGAAGGAAACCCACGUGUCACAGUCUCCAGCAGGAUCAGUACCCGUGCGCAGGCCUCCUGCCGACAAGGGGUCUCGGCAGGCAGCUGCACAGUGGACAAGGGCGUCGAUUGUGCUUGCUUCUGUCCUUGGAGUCGCCCUUCUGGCAUACUUCCUGGCCCCCUCUAAUCAGGCCCACCAGACCAGUGUCACGGACAACGUGAAAGAUGCAGCAAGGCAGGCGGGACAGACAGGACGGGCAUACCAGAACGAAGCCCAGAAGCAGGCUGGUUCAGCCUACAAAGCUGCCCAGGACACAGCUUAUGACACAUCAGCCAAAGCGGGUCAGGCAUGGCAAGACACAAAGAAGCAGGCCCAGGGUGCUGCUGGCUAUGCAGAGAAGCAAGGCCGUGACUGGUGGAACACUCUGACGUUUGGUCUCCUCAGGGCCCGGUCUGCAGCAGACGAAACAGCUUCUCAGGCAGAAUCGAAGGCAAGGUCCUACUCAAACCAGGCACAGGAUGUUGCUGACAAGACAUCAAAGAAGGCUGGCCAGUACGCGGACAGCGCACAGAGGAAAGCCGGAGAGUACGCAGACAGUGCUCAGCAAACGGCUGGGGAGGCUGUGGAUGAAGCUCGCCGCCAGCGUGACCAGGCUGUGAACGCUGGGUAUGGCCUGUGGAACAAGCUCAAGAACCUGAUCUUCAGGAACGUCAACUACGCCAGCGACCAGGCCAACUGGGCUUCUGACAAGGCUGCAGACUACGCUGGCCAGGCCCAGGACACCGCGCAGGAGUAUACCGAUGCUGCCAAGACCGCCGCUCAAAGGGAAGCUUCCCGCGCCAAGGGUAAGGCUGGUGAUGCCGCCCAGUAUGCUGCUGACACCGCGGCCGAAGCCAAGAGGAAGGGAAAGAACGCUGCUCACCACGCUCAAGACACUGCGUACGAGACAGCGGAGAGCGCGAGGCAGACGGCCAGGGACACUGCCCAGUAUGCCUCAGACACCGCCUACCAUGCCAAGCACAAGGGGGAGCAGGCUGCGGAGUAUGUUAAGGACACUGCGUAUGCGGGUGGGGAGGCUGCAGGUCAGGCAGCCAAGAAGGGUGCUCAGUACGGCAGGGACGCUGUGAACUAUGCCGCUGAGACUGGGGAGGCAGCUCGGGAUGCCGCAGUCAAGGGUGGCAAGAACGCUGCUCAGUACACCAAGGACACGGCGAACGCUGCAUACGAGACGGCGCAAGGAGUCGGCCAGGGCACCAAGGAGACCUUCGAGGACGCAGCUGAGUACGUGGAGGAGCUGGCCGAGGGGGCUGUGGAUCAGGCUUAUCGCGCGGGUCAGAAGGCGCACAAGUACACCAAGGACGCUGCCACGCAAGCUGGAGAGGGGUUGGGCAACAUCAAGGACAAGGCCCAGUAUGUGGCAGGCGAGACAAUCGAAGCUGCAGGUAGAGUCGGCGAGUCAGCCGCCAAGGCCACUCAGAAAGUGGGAAAGAAGACGAAGGGACAGGCUGUUUAAAAAAACUCGGACGAAGAUGUACGAAAGCUUGCAUGAGCAGGGGAGCCGAGUGGUCGUGUCUGUACGAAAGGAUUGUGCAUGCAAUUUUGGUCUCGCUGAGCCUUGGUAGGGGUAGGUCGAGGGCUGUACAGUAUUAACUCCGAGUUUCUGAUCGCGUCUAUACACAAAGCUGAGAGACCAAAAGUCGUGUAGUUGAUAACCAUACAGUAUCUUUCGCUCGCUUGACUUGAUAUUUUAAAACUGUCGCUUCAUUGCUUGUCCAGCCUAGCAACUGUCAUCAUUUCCUACAUUCUGUCAUAUUAAAAAUGUU